UUAUUGAUACUUUCUGUUUCCCAAGAUCCACCCACCACUCCUCCUCUCUCUCUCUUCAUCUUCCUCAUCUGCGCAAGAAUCUAAACUAAAUCUCAUCCUCUAAUGUCCGGAAACAGCAAGAUGAUUGUAAUGUGUUGUCGACUGUGAAAUCUUUAUCUGACCAAAUCGUCAUGGGGAAGAAGAGCAGUUCUUCUUCUUCUUCCUGGCUCACCGCCGUUAAACGAGCUUUCCGAUCUCCGACCAAGAAAGAACAAAACAACAACAAUGCUCACGUUAAUGAAGCCGAGGAAGAAGAAGACAAGAAGAAAGAGAAAAGACGGUGGUUAUUCAGAAAAUCGACGAAUCACGACUCUCCGGCGAAGGCCUCCGUCGUCGGAAAAGACGGCUCUGCACCGACACCUACCAAAACGGCGGUGACAAACACAACUGCUUCAUCCUCUGUUUCAGAAAAGAGAUUCGCCGUAUCUAAACCGCCCGCCACCGUCUCCGCCGCAUCGGAAACUCACCCUCCGACGACGGAGUUACCAAUUCUCGCAAGACGGACUUAUACCGCAAGAGAAAACAACGCAGCUAUUGUCAUCCAAACAGGUUUCAGAGGUUAUCUGGCAAGAAGAGCAUUAAGAGCAUUGAAAGGGUUAGUGAAGUUACAAGCACUAGUGAGAGGUCACAAUGUGAGGAAGCAAGCAAAGAUGACACUAAGGUGUAUGCAAGCUCUGGUUCGAGUCCAGUCACGUGUUCUUGACCAACGUAAACGCUUGUCUCACGACGGUAGUCGCAAAUCUGCUUUCAGUGACACUCACAGUGUCCUUGAAUCUCGUUAUCUUCAAGACAUUUCAGACAGAAGAUCCAUGUCAAGAGAAGGAAGCAGCAUCGCGGAAGAUUGGGAUGAGCGACCACACACGAUUGAAGAAGUGAAAGCAAUGUUGCAACAAAGACGAGACACUGCGUUGAGACGAGAGAGUAACAAUAACAGUUUAUCACAAGCUUUCUCUCAUCAGAUUCGGAGAACGAGAGGUAGUCAAUCUAUGGGAGACGAGGAAGAAGAGGAAGAGAGACCGAAAUGGUUAGACCGAUGGAUGUCUUCUAAACCGUGGGAUAAACGAGCUUCAACGGAUCAAAGAGCACCGGUUUACAAAACCGUGGAAAUCGAUACUUCUCAACCGUAUUUAACCCGCGGUUAUUCAAGAACCGGAGCGAGUCCAAGCCGUAGUAGCCAAAGGCCUAAUUCACCCUCAAGAACCAGCCAUCAUUACAACCAACAACAACAACAAACACACAAUUUCUCAUCAGCUACACCGUCUCCGGCUAAAUCAAGACCGAUACAAAUCCGGUCCGCAAGUCCACGGAUUCAAAGAGACGACCGGUCAGCUUACAACUACACAUCGAACACACCUAGCUUGAGGUCUAACUAUAGUUUCACCGCAAGAAGCGGUUAUAGCGUUUGUACCGCUACUACGACCACGACUUCAAACGCUGCAUUGCCGAAUUACAUGGCGAUCACGGAAUCAGCAAAGGCUAGAAUCCGGUCUCAAAGCGCACCGAGGCAACGGCCUUCAACGCCUGAGAAAGACCGUACUGGGUCAGCUAGAAAACGGCUCUCGUUUCCGGUUCCACCGCAGCCGCCAGUGGAGGUUGGAGGAGGGUAUUAUGGUAAUAGUAACAGCCAGAGUUUAAGGAGUCCAAGUUUCAAGAGUAUAGGAGGUUCACAAUUGGGUGCAUUGGAGCAACAAUCAAAUUACUCUUCUUGUUGUACCGAGUCUCUUGGUGGUGGAGGAGAGAUCUCACCUGCUUCUACUAGUGAUUAUAGGCGAUGGUUAAGAUGAUUCAAAAAAAAUCAACGGUCAUGAAUUUUACUUACUCAUUUUCAAAUAGUUCUUUUCCUAUAUAUAAUAUAAAUAAUAUUUUGACUAAAAAAAGAACGAUGACUUUUGUAGUUUGUGUUGAUGAGCUUUAAGAUUGGUGUAUCAUGUGUUUUUUAGUGUGGGUGUGUUUCUUUUUUUUGUAGCUUUAAAAUGAAGAUUGGAAAUGUAAUCAUGUAACUAAUUAAUCUCUAUAUAAAUAUGUUGGGUUUC